CCAACGGGAAACUCUCGAAAAGAGGAGAGAGAGGAUUCUUUUUGCUUAGCUAUCCUCUACCUCAAAUCCAGUGUGUGGUGGUCGCAAGCUUCUCUCGGUUUUUCACCAUGGCAGCAAUGCUGAGAUCUCUGCCCACUCUUAUUCUCUUCACUCUUAUAUUCUCCCACAUUUCAGAGGUCUCAUCAACAACAAUAACACUUCACAACAAGUGCACCCAUCCAGUGUGGCCAGGCGUCCAACCAAGUGCAGGUAGGCCCUUGUUAGCCCGUGGAGGAUUCAAGCUCCCACCCAACAAGGCCUACACCCUCAACCUCCCACCACUCUGGUCCGGCCGUUUCUGGGGUCGCCAUGGCUGCUCCUUUGACGCCUCUGGGCGCGGCCGCUGUGCUACUGGAGAUUGUGGAGGCUCCCUAUUUUGCAAUGGCAUUGGAGGCACCCCACCUGCCACACUAGCAGAAAUCACCCUAGGCAAUGACCAAGAUUUCUAUGAUGUUAGCCUUGUAGAUGGCUACAAUCUUGCAAUCUCAAUAACUCCAUUUAAAGGCUCAGGCAAAUGCAGCUAUGCAGGGUGUGUUCGUGACUUGAACAUGAUGUGUCCUGUGGGGUUACAAGUCAGGACAAAAAACAACAGGGUCGUGGCUUGUAAGAGUGCUUGCUCUGCUUUCAAUUCCCCGAGGUAUUGCUGUACUGGUAGCUUUGGAACCCCACAAGCUUGCAAGCCAACUGCUUAUUCGAGGAUCUUCAAGGCAGCUUGUCCGAAGGCCUACUCGUAUGCUUAUGAUGAUCCUACUAGCAUUGCAACCUGCACUCGUGGAAAUUAUCUGGUCACUUUCUGUCCUAAUCAACACUGAUGAGAGUGAGGGAUCAGGGGCUGAUCGAUUCAAUUAGGAGUGUUUGUUUCGGGUUAUUAUAUAAUGUAGUGCUAGUAUUUAUUCAGAGUGUAAUCGGUUUAAUGUUUUUUUAUAAAGAGACUUUUUCAUUAAAUUUA